UAUAGAAGUUAUAUAUAUAGAUCAGUGGUGAAAACAGGUCGCGAUGACGUCAUUGGACUUUUGUUUAGGAGAGACUUUUAUUUUGACUCUCGGCGUCCCGGAAGUGUGUGUGUGAUCUUUUAGUCAUGGCUGAUCGCGGGAGUGAUGCUGGUGACUCCAGCAGUGAUGCGGACCUCUCCUCUGUCAUGGGCUUCUCUGGGUUCGGGAAGAAAGCGCGCACCUUUGACCUGGAGGCGAUGUUUGAGCAGACGAGGAGGACGGCCAUCGAGAGGAGCCAGCGCAUCUUAGAGGAGCGUGAGAAACAGGAAGCUGAGGCCAGCAGCGUCUCUCAGAGCAGCAAGCCGUCAGCGUCCAGGAAGCAGGACUCUGAUGUCAUCGGUCCUCCACUUCCUGUUGUGCUCAGCGCUCAGCCGGAGGAAAGCGAUGAUGAUGAUGAUGAUGAUGAUGAAGAUGAUGAAGAUGUGGUCGGGCCACCGCUGCCGCCUGGAUACAAGCACAGCACCGCUGCUGAUGAUGAUGAUGACGAUGAUGACGAUGAUGAUGAUAUGAAUGAUGAGGAAGAUGACAGUCCAGUGAAGAAGAUCCCGGACUCUCAUGAGAUCACGCUUCAGCACGGCUCCAAAAGUGUGUCAGCUCUGGCUCUGGAUCCGUCCGGCGCUCGUCUGGUCACCGGAGGCUACGACUACGACGUCAAGUUUUGGGAUUUCGCCGGGAUGGACUCUGCGCUGCAUGCCUUCCGAUCGCUGCAGCCGUGUGAGUGGUGCGUAUGCCUCGUCUGUCUCCAGUCUGAGCUCUGUUUCUAGAAAUCCCCCUCAGAG